AAAUUAUUUUAAUAUUUAUUCAUUUAUUAUUAGACACAUAAUUAUGAAAAUGACUGUUUGUUAAAAUUAUCUCGAAAAUUAUUACUUACAUAAAACCAUGCAAAGUUAUGUAGUUAUAUCAUUUAUCGGUGAAGGAUCAUUUGGACGAGUUUUUAAAGCCAAACACAAAGAAACCGAUGCUGUAGUUGCAUUAAAAGUUAUAAGAAAGAAAGGUCGGUCGUCGAAGGACUUGAAAAAUUUGAGACAAGAAUGUGAUAUUCAAAGGCAAUUGAAGCAUCCUAACAUAAUUCGCAUGAUUGAUAGUUUUGAUACAGACACUGAAUUGGUCGUUGUCACAGAAUAUGCUGAGAAAGAGUUACAUGGUAUACUGGCGAAAGAAGGAUGUCUAAAUGAACAGCAAGUAAAAAAAAUAACAUGGGACCUUGUGUCUGCAUUGUAUUAUUUACAUUCUCAUCGAGUUCUUCACAGAGAUUUAAAGCCACAGAAUGUUCUAAUAGACAGCAAUGGUCAGGCCAAGCUGUGCGACUUUGGCCUAGCUCGGAUAAUGACCAAUGCUACUCAUAUUCUUACCUCUAUAAAAGGUACCCCACUCUAUAUGGCUCCUGAACUGAUUGAAGAGAAACCAUAUGAUCAUCAGGCUGACCUUUGGUCUCUUGGUUGUAUUGUGUAUGAGCUCAUAGCUGGGCAGCCUCCAUUCUGCACCCUGUCACUUUGGCAACUAGUUCGGAUGAUUCGACAUAAACCUGUUCAAUGGCCAAGCUUUAUUAGUGUUGAGGCCCGAUCCUUUUUACAGGGUCUGUUGCAUAAAGAUCCAAUGAAACGUUUGAGUUGGCCAGAAAUUUUGCAACACGAAUUUGUUUCUGGUCACAUAUUAAUAUUGCCUGAAGAUGUGCAGAGCGAGUCACCAUUUACAAAACCCUUAACACAUAGCCAACAAGAAGCUAAACAACUGCAAAGAGAUAUAAUAAGUAAUAAUGCCAGGACUAUGAAAAUAGAAAGCGGGCAACUGAAACAAAAUACUCGAGAACAUGAUCUACGAAAUGUACGCGGCGUGAUGCAAGUUACAGAGUGUGUGCCUAUGUCGGAUGACGACAGUAUUAGAGCCACAAGUGCUUUCAGUGUUCGCGACAGUCUCAAAACUGAUGACGAGGACCAAGCACAACCGAUAACUGCUGUCAAUGCGAAGUUACUCCGUCAUGAAUAUAAUGUUAUGAAUAAUUCGAAUCUUGUUGUAUGUAAUCUCGAAAAGAACAUGGCACAAUUAAUGGCGACUAAUAAAAAACAAAAUGACUGUAAUUUAAAUAAAAUGGAUAAGAUAGAUGAAGAAAAACAAAAUGUAGAUAAAAAUGUUGAGGAAACAAAAACAGUAAGUAAUAACUGCAAUGAUGUAAUUGAAACAAAACAUAAAGCGAAAUCUAUAGAAACUCAUACUGCGUCACAAAGUUUAGAAAACCCCAAAAGUUCAACAAAAUGUAGUAGCGAUAUUAGUUCAGGUCUCAGUAAAAGUGUUCCACCUUCCUAUAAACAGAAAAUAUUACAAUUUUCAAGAGAUAAACUUAGAUUUGGGAGUGGUGGCAAUAAAUUAACGAGAAGCAUUAAAAGGUCAUUUCACUUCAGUAGAAGUUGGGAUAAAAACAAAGGUGAUAGUCAAAGGCGAACAAGUGAGCCCACUGUCGAGAUACCAAGUAUUAUUUUUCCUACAGAUAAAGAAAAGUGUUCUAAGGAAGAGAAAGAUGAGGAUAGUGAAAAAUGUGAGAUUAUUGAGGAAACAUUGGAUGAUAAAGAAAUCGCUAACAAUGAUAAUGUACAGAAACCAGAAGAUAGGGAUGAAGCUAAAGAACCAUCUUCCAUAGAAUUAGAGGAAUGGGAAGCAUUUCUUAAUUCGAACAUAAACGAAGUAAUGGACGGCGAUGUCGAAUCUCUCACUCAGCUUAAUAUGGUGAGCAUGGUUAUUGGUGUAGUAGGUAGUGCGGCACGGUCACGAACUGCGGGCGGCGGACGAGUGUGCGGCGCAGUCGCUGCAUUGUUAUCGCUGCCUGCACUCGUGCACUCACUGCCCAGGAAUACCCUACUCAAUAUACAACACGUUUACCUUGAGGCUAAGGUGGUGUUCAACUUUGUCGCUGCCAUUAAUACACUGAUGAAAAACAGCAGCAACUGUGAUGAUCAAGCAGAAGACAGGUUGCAGGGUGUGAGUCGCAUGGUGGAGGCGUGUUCGUGGGUGUGCGCCCGCUCUAGUCGCGGCGCGAGGCAGCUGGCCACCGCUCUCACUGAGCACACAGCACAUCCAGUCUUCACUACUCUCAUGGCCCAAUAUACAAAAAGCCCUCGUAUAGUUCAAAACAUAGUCGGACUACUCAUAAUAGUGUUACAAGACCUACCCGAACACGCCGAUGUCGUCGAGAAGAUACUAUUCGAUGACCCGAAUUUCAAUUUCUUAUACCUUCUGGAACAGCCAAAUGAUGCAUUGAGAAUGAGAGUUUGUGUAUUAAUUAGUUUGUUAUGUACCUAUUCCUGCACAGCUUUCUCAGCUGCCAUGGACACAAAAUGGACGAAACAGGAGAGUGACUCAUUAGAAGCAUUACAUACACAUUGUAACGUAACUUUGAAUAGAGCAGCUCGGUUAGCCACGAAAGAACUUAGUAAUAUGCCUUUUUAUGUCCAUUAAUAUUAAUCUCCUAAUAAAAUAAAGCUGUAUUACCGCAGGUUGAUUAAUUAAUAUUCCGCGUAUCUCAUACGCGUAUAUUAUAUAUACAGCGUAUAAAGUGGAGAAAACUAGAUUAAUAUAUAUUUAUCCAUUCAUAGAUAGGUAUAAAACAAACCUGCGAAUGAUCUGACUGAUGUAAGACAGUUUUAAUGAUUUUUUGACAAGAUGUCAAUUAAUGUAACUCCGUCUAAAAACAACGAUUAAAAUUAGGAUAAGAUAAUAAUUACUAUAUAGCUGAAGAGACUUUAAACUGUCAUCAGAAUUUUGUAUUGUAUUGUAUAUAUAGACAAUGAAUUUUACACAAUUUUUACUGGUUAUCCACAAACCUGAUGGUUGUAAUGACUUGUACUUUAUAAGAACAUAUUUAUCAGGUCAAUGACCUUUCGCACUUUAAUUUAUAGCUAUAUAAGUAUUGACGAGCGAUGUUGGUGGCAGUAUUUCAAUAAUCGCGCGGUAGAGAUAGAAAUAAAUUAAUUGUACUUUUGCUACGAUUAAGAGGACGAAGCAACCUGUAAGCUAAAUUGUACUGUAUUGCAUUUUUACAAAAGGUGCUUUUUAUUAAAAUUACAUUGUUCAUGUAUUAUGUUGUACCAAGUACUAUGAAAUACCCUGUGCAUUGCAUAAUUAUUG